UUCACUAACCCCAAGGAACACUUCUCCAUAUCUCUCUCUCUCUCUCUCUCUCUCUCUCUCUCUCUCUCUCUCUCUGACAGCAAAAACACAAGCGGCAACAGAGACACUGAGCCUCGUGCCAGUGGCAUGCGCUAGAAGAUCAACAAGACCAAUGUGGCCUGCAGGCGGCGAGCACCCCAUGGCCAUGGGCCACGGCCCCGCGGCGGCGGCGGCGUCGCCGAGCUCGAGCGCGAGGCUGCCGGCGCCGCACUCGCCGUGGCAGUCCCCGGUGCCGUACCUCUUCGGCGGGCUGGCCGCAAUGCUGGGGCUCAUCGCGCUAUCGCUGCUCGCCCUGGCCUGCUCCUACUGGAAGCUCUCCGGCAGCCUCCUCGCCGACGGCGAGUCGGAAGACGCGGAGCGGCAGGGCGGCGCGGGGAGCCGGCGUGGGGACGGAAAGGCCGCGGCGGCCGGCGAGGCCGGGCCCUUCGGGGAUCGCUGGCGGGAGCACGUGGUGGUCAUCAUGGCCGGCGACGAGAGGCCGACGUUCCUGGCCACGCCGGCGUCGGGCUCGGGCCGGGGCGUGGACGCCGACGACGUCGCCGUGGGCAUGGACGCCUACGACCUGGCCGCCGAUGAGGGGCGGUGCGUGGAGUGCGCCGCGAGAUCGCGGCCGGCCGGGGACGGGCUGGUGAGCCGAAGCGAGCUGAGUGAUUAUAGUGGUAGUUCUGUUAUCAGUGAGAGAUGAAAGGCCGUAAGAACUAAGAUCUCCUGUUCUUGCAUAUUCUUUUGUUCUGGGACUGCGUCUAUUUUUUUUUGUAUAUGUAAAAAUUAGCCGGGUGCUGGAGCUGCAGAUCAUCGAGACAAUUAGCUCCAAAUGAUUCAAACUCCAAAGAGUUGGAGCAAAGAACCGAGAUGAGUAGCAAGCGAGAUGGAUCAUGGAUGAAUUCCACUGGAAACAGUUUCAGUUCUAGCGAUGAACAAUGGAGAUUACUGAA